UUUAUUUUGCAUCACUGCUUCUUAAUAACGUUCAAAUAUUCUCAUAAUCUCAGAUGUGACACAGUCUGGCUUCCAAACAGGCAGGAAAACACCCAGCUGAGAUCUGCAUGACAUUGUUGUGAAAAUGCAGUUUGUUAAAGAGGAGAGUGAAGACGUGAGUGAUGAAGAAACAUGCGGAGAGGAAGAGGAAGAAUAUAAGCAGAGAGGCCUGAUAGAAGUGAAAGAGGAACGUCAAGAGCUGAAUGAAGUGGAGCAGAAAGAUCAGCAUGAGGAACCUCAUCAGUUCAUAAAUGCAAAACAGUCUUGUAGUCAUUCACAGAACGAUAAUAAUCAAUCGCAAGAAACAUCUCAAAGAACAGAAGCCAAAAACCUGUUCUCCUGCUCUCAGUGUGGAAAGAGUUUCACUCGUAAAGGACACCUGAAGAUCCACACGAUCAUCCACACAGGUGAGAGACCAUACACCUGUCCUCAGUGCGCCAAGAGCUUCACCUGCAAAGGAAGCCUUAAGGAUCACUUCAGGAUCCACUCCGGAGAAAAGCCUUUCACCUGUCCUCAGUGCGGAUGUAGUUUUGCACGACAAGAAGACCUUAAGAGGCACAUAAGGAUUCACACCGGAGAGAAACCGUUUCCGUGCUCUCAGUGCGGAAAGAGCUUCACCAGUUCUGGAGAUCUGAAGAGACACGUAAGAAUUCACUCCGGAGAGAAGCCUUUCACCUGCUCUCAGUGCGGAAAGAGCUUCACGCAGAAGGAAGGUCUGAAGGAACACAUGAAAAUCCACUCCGGAGAGAAGCUUUUCACGUGCAUGCUGUGCGGGAAGAGCUUCACACAUCAGCGGAGCUUGAAAAGACACAUGAAGGUCCAUUCAGGAGAGAAGUUACACCAGUGUCCUGAAUGCGGCAGGAGGUUUUCAGAGGCCUGCAAUCUCAAAACUCACCUGCUCUCUCACACCGGAGAAAGACCCUUUCACUGUCAGCGCUGCGAUAAGAAGUUUUUCCUGGCCGUGCACUUGAAGACGCACAUGAGGAUUCACGAAGACGAGCGGCGGUACGUGUGUUCAUUCUGUGGGAAGAGCUUUCUGUGGCUUAAUGGGUUUAAAGACCACCAGAAAACACACAUCGGCGAGAAACCCUUCGUGUGUUUGGACUGUGGAAGCACUUUCACUAGAGCCGGUGAACUGAAAGUGCAUGAACGGAUCCACACCGGAGAAAAACCCUACAAGUGUUCUCACUGUGAGAAGAGCUUCACUCAAUCAGGAGCGCUAAAAAUUCACGAGAGAGUUCACACCGGAGAGAAACCAUACCUCUGUCCCUCCUGCGGGAAGACUUUCAGCCGGUACGGAAAUCUAGGGAAGCAUUUGAAAAAGGCUUGUCCAAAGCUGAGACAGUGAGGAGCAGUG